AUGCAAAUCACUGCUGAAUACAAGUACCUUGCCUCUGCGGUUUUUUACCCCGUUAAUUCGGAGCCCGAACAGCCACGCACGAUGAUCGUCGUUACUGGAGGAGCGAGCUUCAUUGGCUCGAACUUGAUCAAGGAACUGAACAACCGCGGGUUCAGCAACAUCGUGGCUGUGGAUGACCUGGGUACCGAGGGCGCCAAAUUUCGCAACCUGGCCGAUUGCCAAAUCACGGAUCUAAUCUCGCCGGCGGAGUUUCGGGCUGCCAUUCGUAACAGAGCUUCCACCCUCGAGACCACCGACUUCCGGGCUACGAGCCGCAGUCAGCCGUUCCUCAGCCAGACCCGCAUUGUCUACCACUAUGGCGGCGUAUCUGCCGAAGCCAAUGGUGCAGACGUGAUGGAUGCUUACUUCACGUACGGAAAGGAGGUCUUCAAUUGGUGUCAGCAGUCAAAGAUUCGAUUCAUCUAUGCAUCCUCUUCUUCUGUCUAUGGAGCUGGCCCCAGCUUCAGCGACAUCGACGGUAAAGAAGCCCCUCUGACCCCCAAAGGCUACUGCCACCUCCUGUUGGAUCAGUAUGUGGCCAAAAAUAAGCAAAUUCCCAGCCAGCAGGUCGCCGGUCUUCGCCUCUUCAGUAUCUACGGACCUGGCGAGCAAUACAAGGGUAGCAAGGCGAGCGUGAUCAAUCAGUUCUAUACCAAGCGCAUGGAGUUCAAGGCAGUCGAGCUGUUCGGAGAGUACGCAGGAUAUGAAGCCGGACAGCAGAAGCGCGACUUUGUUCACGUCGAGGAUGUGGCUCGCCUGAACUGCUGGUUCUACGACCACCCCGAAGCCGAAGGCAUUUUCAACGUGGGGACCGGCAAGGCCAGGUCUUUCCAGGAGGUUGCCAUGCAGGUUGUCAGCCACUUUGGUAGUCCCGAGGGAUACAUUCGUGUCAUUCAGUUUCCUCACUACCUGAAGGGAAAGUACCAAAACACCACCUGUGCCGACAUCUCCAGCCUUAGACGCAAGAAUGCCCGCUUGGUCUUUCGUGAUAUCGAGAAAGGUGUCCCUGAUUACAUGGACUGGCUUGAUGAUACCCUCUUCAGCCACCAGAAGCGGCCUGAGAAGGAGUGA